AUGGAGACCUCCACUACCUACUCCACAUUUGCUUCAGUUCGUAUCACCUGUGAACCAGCGAAAAAGAAACAAAUUAUUUGCAAGAUAACCAUGUCAAUGUAUGUAGCUGUGAAGGAUAUUGGUCCUCUUGAUAGGGAAAAAGCAAUCAGGGUAAAAUGUGUGCGAUGUUACGAAAUCUAUGAAAAAGGCUCUACAGAGAUUAAGAGUCAAGAACUUUUGUUUUGUGAUGCAGAGGGCUCUUUCAUCCAUUUGAACCUCCAAAGUAAUGAUGUCAAAAAAUACAACAAUGUUUUCCAAGAAGGGAAGCUACUAAACUCUAAGACUCAGGUAAAGGCCAUAAAAUCCAAAGGUUUCCCUACUAAGAUGUUCCAGCUUAAAAGUUUUGACUCUUUGAAAGACCCUACUCAAGUGAAUGACAAGGUGCUGUUUGAUUUAAUAGGCAGAGUUGUAGAGAUCCAUGCUCCUGUAGACAAAAUAAUAGGGGGUAGACCAGCCAAACUCCUAGACUUCAAAAUGGCUGAUAAUGAGGGUAAUUUCUUGCAAUGCACUGUGUGGGACAGUCAUGUUGGUGCCAUGCUACCAUACUAUGAUUCAGGUCUUAAAGAACCAUUAAUUCUGGUUCUUCAGCUAUGUCGGGCAAAGGUGGUCAAUGGUGAAGUCAGAAUAACUAGCUGCUAUGAUGCUACCCAACUCCAUUUCAAUGCAUCUUUCCAAGAAUUUGCUGAUUUUAGGUCUCAGUUAAAUGCUGCAACCAGUCCUUUGCGAAGUAUCAGUACUGCGACAGUGCUGUCCCAAUCCACAUGCAUUGAUGAUUUUACAAGUGGUGCCUUGACUGUAACUACAGUAACAGAGCUAUUGAAAAAGACAAAGGUUCUUUUGGAUGGAUGUACAUAUCUUGCAUGUCCCCGGGAUGUAACAGGAAACUUUUUAAUGAUGGGACUGAUCUUGAAUGUACAAGUUGUGAUAAGAAAUACAAACAGGGUAUGGCCAGGUAUCGUGUAA